AUGGAAGAAUUAGUAGAAAAUGGAGCAAAACUCGAAGAAAAAGAUAAUAAUGGAUUUACUCCUUUAAUUUUCUCUGCUGUUUCUAAUUCGGCUCAAACAGCAGCAUAUCUUCUUUCUAAAGGCGCAGAUGUCAAUUCUUCAAAUGAAGAAGGUGCUUCAGCAAUGAUGUUUUCAGCAAAAUUUAACUCAAAUGAUGUCGCAAAAGUUUUGGUCGAAAACAAUUGUGAUGUAAACAAAAGUGACAAAUUUGGAGUUACUCCAUUAAUGGUUUGUUCCAAGUUUGAUACAAUCGAUGUUGCAAAAACUCUUAUCGAAGGAAAAGCUGAUCUUGAAUCCGUUAAUUUAUAUAAUUACAAUAGUUUAUUGUUUUGUUGCAAAUUUGACUCAUAUGAUGUUGCAAAAUUAAUUUUAGAAAAUGGUGCAAAAACUAAUAUAAAUUCAGAAGACAAACAAUUGCAACCAUUGAUGGUUUGCUCGCAAUAUGAUUCAGAAAAAGUUUCCGAAUUAUUGCUUGAAAGCCAAAAAGUUGCUGAAUUGAAACCAGUUUUAUUCAAUUGCUGCAAAUUUAACUCUCCAAAAGUUGCUAAACUCGUUAUUAACAAAGGUUGUGAUAUGAACUCUAAAGAUGAAAAAGGAGCAACACCUUUAUUAGCUUGUGCAGCUUCAAAUGCUGAUAAAGUAACAAAAGUUUUGGUUGAAAACGGCUGUAUUGUAGAUGAAAGAGAUAAUUUGGAUAACACUCCUUUGAUUGUUUGUUGCAAGUUCGAUUCUUAUAAAGUUGCAAAGGUAUUACUUGAUAACGGAGCAGAUCCAAUGGCACAAAACUCGAAAGGAGCAAAUUGUUUGAUGUUUUGCGAUAAUUUCAAAGCAAAUAAAACAAAAGAUUUGCUUAAACGCAAGAUUGAUAACAAUGAAUCUGAUUAUGAUGAAUUCUCAACAGAAGCAUCAGAAAGUAAUACAGAUGUCAUUGAAAAAUCAAUGAAAUCCAAUCAUGGCUCUGAUUUAUCUAUGUCAGAUAGUUUCAAGGAUCAAACUGAUUCUUCUGAUUCGUCAUUAAUGGAAAGACCAUAUAAAUCAAAGAAUAAAGCACAUAAUGAACCAGAAAAAGCAUCAAGUAUCAGAUCAAGAGAAGUAAAUCUUGACUUUGAUUCUGCUGAAGAAGAUCAAAACAGAUCUCUAGAACAUGUUGUAUUUGUUUUCCCUCAAGACAAGAAUGAAGUUGUUGAUGAAAAAGAAUCUCCUUCUGAUUUGCAGAAUGUUAAUUCAUCUAAACAAGAGAGUAUUAGAUCAAGAGAUAUUGACUUGGAACCAAAUGAAUUAGACAAUAAUGAUGGGGUUGAUAAUGAUGAUGAAAUUGAUAUUAUUCCAUCAAAUGAUAAAAAUACAACUUCUGAUAAAAUUAAUAAGGAAGAACUUAUUAAUGAAAAAGAAACACCUAAUGAAACCGAAGUUAAAUCAGAAAAUCCAAAUAAAGAAAGUAUUAAACAGAAGGAAAAUUCGGAUAAUCUCUCUCAAGAAAAUGAAAAAGUUGCUCCAGAGAAAGAAACUUCAGAUGAAAUUAAAUCAACAAAUGAUGGCGAAAACAAUCAAAAUCCUUCGCAAAAAAUGGAUGGAGAAGCAGAAAAAUCGCCAGUUGAUCAACAAAAUAAAGAAGAAACAGCUUUACAAAAUCAAGAAAAUCCAAAUGAAAAUCAUGCACAAAAAGAGAAUUUAUCUAAAGAAGAAACUGUUUCACCAAAUUCAGAAAAUAGGAAGACUUCUCAAGAUAAAGAAAAAGAAAAUACUAACUUUGAUAAUCAAAAUAAUCAUAAUGGAAACAAACCAAAGGAAAGCGAAAAUAAUGAAAUUGAAAAUCCUGCAGAUAAUCAAGAUCAGUCUGCAAAUCAUCAACCAAAUGAAGUUAUACUAGAUGAAGAAAAAUCAGGUGAUGCUGUGAGUAAUCACAAUGAACAACAAGAUAAAUCACCAAAUGAAGAUGAUAGAAAAGAUCUUGUUGCAGAAAAAGAAACACCAAUUGAAAAUGAUGUCAAAUCAGAGAAUAAAAGCGAAGAAAAUGAAGAAAAAGCAUUUGAUAAUAAACAUACAGAAGGUUCCAUUUCACAAGAGUUCGCUUCAUAUAAUGUUAAAUCAAAUGAAAAUGAAUCUCCAAAUGAAGGAAAUUCAUCAAAUGAGAAUGAAAACAAAGAAAAUCUUUCUCAGGUGAAAGAUGAAGAAAUCGGAAAAUCAGCAAAUAAUAAAGCAAUUCAACAAGAAACUCCAGAAACAAAAGAUCAGAAUGAUAGGGCUUCAAUUGAAGAGAGAGAAAAAUCUGAUGAUCAAAUUCAAUCUUCAAAUGAAAAGAAAGAAGAUGAAUCAACAGAAAAUUCUAAUAAGGAAACACCAGAAGAGAAAUCUUCAAAAGAUGCAUCUCCAAAUGGAGAAACUGUUUCACCAAAUUCAGAAAUCGAGAAAUUCGAGAAGAAUCCACAUGAUAAAGAAACAGCUGAAAUCAAGAAUAAGGAAGAACUAAUUGCAGAAAACGGAAAAGAGAAUCAAGUUGGAGAUAACUCUUCAAAUGAACAUGAAGAUGACAAGAAUGAAACUCAAUCUGUUCAACAAAAUGAAACAUCAACCAAUGUUCCUCAAAAUAAGGAAGAAACUACCUCAGAACAAGAAAAACAAAAUGAAGAUGUUUCACAAAAUUCAUCACAAGAAAAUGAAAACUUUGAAAAUCUCCCUCAACAAAGUAGUUCGAAGAAUGAAUCAAAUCCUUCGAAUGAAAAGCAAACGGAUUCAGAUAUGAAGCAACAAGAAACUAAACUGGAGAAUCCGAAUGAAGAAAUUAAUGAAGAUAAUUCUUCAUGUAAAGGUUCUCCAGAACAAAUUAAUUCUCAGGAUAAUGAAAACAAAGAUCAUCAAAUUAAUGAUUCUGAAGAAAAACAGAAAGAUAAUGAAAAAAAAGGAAAUGAAGGUAAAUCUUCUGAAGAUCUCAAUAAUGAACUUAUUAAUGAAGUAGUAACACCAAAUGAAAUUGUUGUCAAUUCUUCAAAUGACGAAAAAUCAGAAGAGGUCCAACAAAAAGAAGAACAUUCUGAUGUUUCUAAUGAAGAUAAAUUAAAUACAGAGAAUGGAAAUAAAGAUCUUGAUUCAAUUCCAAAUGAAGAAGAAAAGGAAUCAGUUAAUAUAACUGAAAAAGCAAAUGAAGGAAAAUCAUAUACAAAUGAAGCUCUUCAAGAAAAUGAACAUGUCUCUGAUGAAAUGGCUCAACAACAAAACGAUAAUAAGGAUGAACUUAUUACUGAAAAAGAAAACACUCCAUCAAAUAACACUGAACAAGAGAAAGAAGGAAUAACUAAUUAA